GUGCGUAAACGGGGAGGCAGCCAGUCUCGCAAGACGAAGCCACGGGUGGGCUGAGGUGGUCAGAGUUUUCUCCUCUCUUAACAGCCCCUCUCUCUGUUACCACCACCACCACCAUCAACAACAGGAUCUGUUUCCGUUCCCCCACCCCGCUUUGGCGUCUCCGACACUCCUUGAACCAGGCUUCGACAAGAGCGAAGCGCUGACGACAACGACACUCUCUUUACCGUAACGGUUUUCUCGAUCACUGCUCUGUUUCAUCUCAUCUAAUUUUUCCCAUCAUGAAGUACUCCAUCGUCGCUGCCGCCCUGGCCCUGUCGACGGCAGGCCAGGCCGUGGCUCACAUCGGUCGCGGUGUGCCUCACAACCUCAUGGACAAGCGGGAUGCCCACGGUGCGGGCAGCCUGACCCAUGUCAAGAGGGCCCCCUCGCCUUCGGUGACGGACGAGGCUUCGGCCGCCACGAACACCGUGGCCGCUCAGGAGUGCCAGGCCUACUCGCUGCCCGAGGUGGCCGCUAUGAAGAGCUCAUUCCCCACCGUGUGGCAGUCGGCUGCAAUUGUCUCUGGCGACACUGCGGCCAACAAUGUCUGGAAUGAAAUUCAGCAGUCGGGUAUCAUUCCUUCGGACGUCAAGCAGAAGGGCACUGGCGGCAAGGGCGACUUCACCAGCGUCACGCCCACUUACAGCAAGUCGGAUCCCGAUUGCUGGUGGAGUUACAACAACUGUGUCACGCCCAAGCACUCAAAGAUCCCUGAUGACAUCUACCAGUGCCCUGAGCCCGAAACCUGGGGUCUGACUUUCGAUGACGGCCCCAACUGCUCCCACAACGCUUUCUACGACUUCCUCCGCGACAACAAGCAGAAGGCCUCGCUCUUCUACAUUGGCUCCAAUGUCAUGGACUGGCCCCUUGAAGCGCAGCGCGGCAUCGUCGAGGGACACCACGUCUGUGUUCACACCUGGUCGCACCAGUACAUGACCCAGCUCGACAACCCUACCGUCUUUGCCGAGCUUUACUACACCGCCAAGGCCAUCAAGGAUAUCACUGGCGUGACCCCCCGCUGCUGGCGCCCUCCCUUUGGCGACGUCGACGACCGUGUCCGCGCCAUUGCCACAGGUCUCGGUCUCUCCACCAACAUCUGGACCGACGACACCGACGACUGGAAGAUCGAGCCGCAGGGUACGCUUCCCAAGUCAUCUAUCGACGCCAACUACAACAAGAUUCUCAGCAAGGACUACAGCACCACUGGCAACAUCGUCCUCACCCAUGAAAUUGACGCCGAGACGAUGGCCGAGUUCAUGAGCUUCUACCCUCAAAUCCAGAAGAAGUUCAAGAACAUUGUCCCCAUCACGGCCUGCAUGAACGAGACGAAGCCUUACCCCGAAGACAUCACCUACCCCAACUUCGCCGACUACGUCAAGGGUAACAUCGAGCCUUCUGGUAUUCCCACCUCGUCCAACAUCAAGGUUCAGCCUUCGGCCUCUUACGACCCCAUCGCUGCUGCCUCAGAGACGUCCGCUUCGGGUGACUCGACCGGCGGCUCGGCCUCCAGCAGCCAGAAGUCGCAGUCGACGACUACUUCUUCGUCAGCUCCUGCUUCUGCCGCAGUCCCUGUCCUCUCCCUCAUCGCCCUCGUCUCGAUGGCCUUUGCCCUCACGGCCUAAAAACAGCUCGAGGAUCGACUCGAUGGGUGGGAAAUACUGCAAGCAUAUGGACAAUAAAUAUAACAAUCUCAGCACUGUUUUGUACACAUUUCUAUUCUUUCUUCUGUUCACACACAACCUCUCCCCUAUUCCUCUUCUCGUGUCCUACCUGUCUCUUGCUGUAGAGCAAGGACUACUUGUUGCUACUACCACUGCUUGGGAAAUGGCAAAAAGCGGAAGCAGGUUUUCCGUCCUUUCUAAC